AAAACGAGUGAUUUUGGUGUACAAUCCCGACCGAAGAGUCACAGACUACCAGCUGCGUGAUAUAUGCAAAGCUAUUAUUGACAAGUACACUGGUACAAGCUCACAAACAUGGAAAGAGCCCACUGAUAUCAAGAUCCCACAAGAAGGCCACGCAAAUGAAAGCGGUAUGCGUGUCUUGCUUACAGCUCUCAAUAUCGUCGUUCGGAAGCCUUUCCCAAAAGCUUACGAUGUUGAUCAAUGGCGGCUUCUGUUUACAUCUGUGGUCCAAGGAUCUCCUGUGGCAUUAGAGCACGACAAACGGGUUUUUGCCGACUUCCCUAAUUAUGACUUCGAACUUGUAAAGCUGAGUGUUGAUGAAUUAAAGAAGCUAUUAGACCAAUGUGAAACGGCUGAUAGCAGAUUGACUAGACGGAUACAAUCUGCAGAUGAUCACAUCUCAACGAUUGCAAGGCUCCAUUCCAGCCUCGACCUGAGCCUUCAGAUGAUCAACACGGAACUCGAGCGAGACUCGAACCAUUAUCAAGCGUGCUUGCAAAGAUCUCGUCAUCUGCAAGACACGUCUGACAUAGAGCUCCAAAAAUUGUUGUCCGAACGUAUACAAGAAUAUGAGAGCAAAAAGUAUCAGCUUCUGCAGCAAAAAACCCACUCAAGUGUACUUCUGCAAGCUGCAUACAAUAUUCACGACAGUAUGGUCGCGUACCUAGAAUCAGAGCGGACAGAUUUUGACAGAAAAGUACGGCCCAUUAUUCAGUCAUUGGUGGGUAACUUGAGUUGGAACAACGGACACGACUUUGAAUGA